GUUGUUUCUCUCAUUGGGAAAUCUAAACAAACAAAUACAUAUCAUCUCCUGAGUCCCAUCAACUGGUUAACCCAUACAUCUUUUUAUAUUUCAACUCAUGAGAAAUUUCCCUAAAUAGUCCUCUCUUAUGUUGGCAUUAACUUUGGACAUCCAUUUGAGAAAAUCAUCCAAAUAGUCUUCUCUUGGGAAGUUCUCAUGGACAAAUGCUUAUUUAAAUAUGAGUCCAAACACCCACUGUUCUGAGAAACAAUUCCCCAAAGAGUCAUAUUUUCUUUUGACAGUUCUGUUGGACAUCCACUGAUUCUACUCAUUCAUUUCUUUCAUGACAUAAGUGGGGUCUAGAGUUAGACUUUCUGUGAGUUGAUGUCUCCACAAAUUGUCUAUAUAAGUUAGGGUUUUUUGGGGAAUUUUCUCUCGAAAUAGAGAAUGUUUAGUCAUAUUUAUAUGAGUGGUUGUCAAGAAGAAACCUCAAAACAAGAGAGGACUAUUUUGGGAAUUUCCCUCAUGAUAGUGGAUGUCCGGAGUCAAUUUUGUUUGAGUGGGUAUUCAGAAGAAUUUCCAACAUCAGAAAGGACUAUUUGGGGAAAUUCCUCUUCAACUCAUUGUUCCUAUAUAUUUGAAAAAAUAAAUUUUCAUGCAUUGACACUUGUAGCUUUUGGAUGAGAUGAUAGACAAUGGCUUCCCUCUAACAACAGAACCUAAUAUACUGAGAGAGAUGAUAUCUCCUCCAAAUAUUGUUAGCAAAGUGUUGAGUGUUGUAACAGGCAGUAGUUCCAAUGUCAGCAACACUCUUCCUCGCUCGACAGCAACCUGUGUUCCUUGGAGGAAAAGUGACUUGAAACAUACAAGCAAUGAGGUUUACGUUAACCUCAAUGAAGAAAUGGAUGCUACUAUUAACAAGGAAGGGACUCUGGUAAAAUGUGAGGUUUAUGGUGAAAUUGAAGUCAACUCACAACUUUCUGGUAUCCCUGACCUUACUCUUUCAUUUGCAAACCCAUCUGUCUUGAACGAUGUGCAAUUCCAUCCAUGUGUUCGUUUACGGCCAUGGGAAGCAAACCAAAUCCUAUCAUUUGUUCCUCCUGAUGGGCAUUUCAAGCUGACAAGCUACAGAGUCAAGAAGUUGAAGAGUACUCCCAUUUAUGUGAAGCCGCAGCUCACUUCAGAUUCUGGAACAUGUCGAAUCAGUAUACUAGUUGGAAUACGAAAUGACCCAGGAAAGCCAAUAGAUGACGUGAGUCUGCAAUUUCAACUGCCUAGUUGUGUUUCAUCUGCAGAUCUUUCUUCAAAUCUGGGAACAGUGAACAUCCUUGCACAUAAGACAUGCUGUUGGUCGAUUGGAAGGAUCCCAAAAGACAAGAGUCCAUCAUUGUCUGGAACCUUAGUGCUGGAGACUGGCCUAAAUCGUCUUCACGUAUUUCCUACUUUUCGCGUGGGGUUCAAAAUAAUGGGCGCCGCCCUUUCUGGGCUUAAAAUAGACAAAUUGGAUGUAAGGAAUCUGCCUACGCGCCCUUACAAAGGAUUCCGAGCUCAAACCCGUGCAGGAGAGUAUCAAGUAAGGUCUUAAAGAUCGAAACAAUGCUUGGAACUUGAAAUUGAACGAGGCUAUAGGGGCUGUGUGUCAAUUUUCCACACAUUUUCUUCUCUGGAGUAGCUGUCUUUUGAUGAUGCCCUAUUGUUGUAAAAAGCAGUAUGAGAAUUUGUUCUAUAUUUCGUUAGGGAACCCCUAAUUCUCUAUGGUUUACCUUAAAAAAAAGAGGCUAGUUUGGCAUUAAUACCUUUCCUUUAUGACAAAUGGAAAAUAAAUCUAGGUCAGAGAAGAGAAGAAAAAGCAAAGCACAUGAAUCUGACGAUGACAUUAUGUACUGUUUUUUUUGUAGUUGAUAUUGAAUUUGUGAAGUAUGAAAUGAUUUGAGCGAACUUCUCUUUCCGAUAGAUCCAUCUCAUUUAUGAAAAAUGUAAUUUUAUCCAUAAUCAGUCUACAUUUUGCCUUUAUUUAUUUUUACAUUAUAAAAAUCUGAUCAAAUCAUGCUUGAUAAGAAAUAGUUUUAAGUAUA